AUGAUGGCUACGAAUGGGGGACGCGAUCGGACCGCGACUUCGACGUCGAACUCUUCUUUGGCGCAACAGAAUCGAUUGAGGGGGUUGGACAUCUCGUCGAUGAAUAGGGCUUCGACGAGUGCGGAUGAGGGGAUGAGGAACGUGAGUUCGACAUCGCCUUCGACGAGGUCGAGACCACGGGGUGCGACGUUGACGAGGGGGAAUUAUCGGGGAGUGGAUGAGGAUGAUGGGAGGGGCAUGAUGGAUGGUGGUGCUGGGGCUCUGACGCCGGGGAGUGCGACGCCGAGUGAAUCCGAUGUUGAGAUGGGGUGA